AUGCCUAAAGCCCCGACUUCUGUCAGUCGUCGGCGAGAGCCGAGUUCCAGGAGCACUGGAUUGCAGGACGAUCAGCUCAAGAUAGCCACUACGAUAACGGCUAUCCGAGAAAACACAAUACAAAAUGUUGUGUCAGUGUGCCAAAAACAAAUCAAUGUACUGUUUAAUAUUUGGGAAGAAACUGGUAUUAAACAUGAAGUAUUGGGUACAUAUGCUGAUCAAGUAACAAAUCAUGUAGUUGGCUUGAUGAAAGAUAUGGUGGAUGAAUCUGAUCAGAGAAAAAAAGAUCUUUUGAAGAAUGUCAAAAUCUUAGCUCAGUCUGCUAGAAAGCUUUCUAAAGAAUUGGGAACAAAUUUUGAAACAGAAGCAUACAGUGAUUUGCCUCUUAUUGAAAUGGAAGAUAAACUUAACAAUGAAGUUUUACAUCUUCAAAAGUUGAAAGAUAAACGUAAAGAUUAUAUUCAAGAAUUGGAGAAAAAAGAAAUUGAACUUUGUAAAAAAAUGGGAACAAAUCCAAAUGGAUUUGCUCGUGAUUUUUUUUCUGAAGAAGAGAUUCACAAAUUUGAAAACCACUUGAAUUCACAAGAGUCUGAAAUGAAUCGUUUGUCAGAAGUAUUUGAAGAUACCAAGAGAUCCAUACUAAAAAUGAUGGAAAAACUUGAAAUCGUCCCUGUGAAUGAUUUUGAGAGUUUGGUUUGUCACAAUCAUAGUAAUUUUAUUUACACAUCGAAUAAUAUGACCAAGUUGAGAGAUUUGCGCGAAAGAUUAAAGAAUCAAGUUAAAGAUGCAAAAAUGCAAGUUGAAGAAAAGACCGUAACCUUAAUAGCAUUAUGGGAUUAUCUAGAUGAACCGGAAGAAAAACGCAAAGCAUUUUUAAUGAAAAACUCUGGAUACAGUAUUGUCACUUUAAAUUCUUAUGAUACCGAAAUAAAAAGAUGUAGGGAAAAAAUAAGCGAGAAUGUCGCAAAUUAUGUUCAAAAUAUCCGGAAAGAGAUUGAAAAUUUAUGGAAAUUGUGCAGAUAUGGUGAGUUACAAAAGAAAUCAUUUACUGCCAUGAAGUGUCAAACAUAUACAGAAGAUCUGCUUUUGCUCCAUGAAAUGGAGGCUGAAAAGCUUCGUAAAUACUACAAUACCAACAGGAAAAUAUUUGAACUUCUGACCGAGUGGGAAGUUCAGUUUGAAAAACUGAAAGAACUUGAUCAGCGGGCCAACGAUCCUGAUCGUUAUCAUAAUAGAGGUGGACAAUUAUUGUUGGAAGAAAAGGAACGUAAGGCCGCCGAAAAGAAAAUUCCAAAAUUAGAAAACCAACUCUAUGAUGCGGCUGACGAGUAUGAAAACACGACAAGAAAACCGUUUUUAAUUGAUGGUUACUCUAUGAGAGAAUACAUGAAUCAUGCCAAGGACAAUUAUGAUACGGAGAAAGAAAAUAUGAAACUUGCUAGAAAACAAGCAAAGGAUCGUUCUAUCAAAAAAACACCGUUGAGCACAUCAAAACGUACACCUGGUGCAAGCAUGUUACGAGUCACACCUGCAAGUGGAAGAUUUCGUACUCCAAUUAAUAGGUCACGGUUUACUCCCUUGGCCAAAAGAAAACUACCUUACGAUGCAUCUCCUGAAGUAACUGUGAAUAAAAAACGAGCUGUUGGUUCUGACAAAUCCAAGACUACUGUUCUUUGCAAUAAGUUAAGGCGAAGUGUUAGGACGCCUGAAGGAAGGAUUUCAAACGUUAGUGGAAAAGUGAGGAAAAGUACUUCCAAAAAGAAGAAAUCAAAAAAUGAAACGAUCCUGUCAGUAUCAGCAUACGGAAGUUUUCAAGAUCACUUAGAAGAUCGUCCUGAACUACGAAGUUCAGUUCUCCCUACGGAAAUAAAAAGCACCCAAAUGAAAACACCCUCAAAACCAGCGAGAAAAAAGGUUUUGGCUCUCAGCACACCUUCAGCUCCUAAUUCGAUUCCUCGUUUACGAUCUACACCGAGAAAUCCGCAGUUACUUACCGUUCCUAAGUUUAAUGCUGCUUAAAAUUCAUCUUCUGUUGUAUCUCAAAUAAACCAUUUGAGAUAUGUAUUCUUCUUGUUCUGUUGCUGUUAUUUUGUAUUCUCAGCACGAUUAAGGUUACUCUUGUGGAAUUGUAACACUAAGAUUAAUAUACGCAUACGAUCAAACUAUAAUGUUAUCAAAGCUAUAUGUUGUAAGAAAUGAUAUAACUGACAUUUAAAGUAAGUCUUGUUGAUGCAAAAUUUGUAUUGUCUUCAAUUUUUUGUUAUCAAUUAAUUCUCUCAUUUUU